GCCGGGGGCCGGCGGGGCCGGGGCGCCGUGGCCUCGCGGUUCCGGGAGCGCCCGGGAGCGCCUCGGGUCCCCGCGCCGCGCGCCCCUCGGCCAUGGCUUUCGCCAAUUUCCGCCGCAUCCUGCGGCUGUCCAACUUCGAGAAGAGGAAAUCCCGCGAAUACGAGCACGUCCGCCGGGACGUGGACCCCAACGACGUGUGGGAGAUAGUGGGCGAGCUGGGGGACGGCGCCUUCGGCAAGGUUUACAAGGCUAAGAACAAGGAGACGGGCACGCUGGCGGCUGCCAAGGUCAUCGAGACGAAGAGCGAGGAGGAGCUGGAGGACUACAUGGUGGAGAUCGAGAUCCUGGCCACGUGUGAGCACCCCUACAUCGUGCGGCUGCUGGGGGCCUACUACUACGAGAGCAAGCUGUGGAUCAUGAUCGAGUUCUGCGCCGGGGGAGCCGUGGACGCCAUCAUGCUGGAGCUGGACCGCGGCCUGACGGAGCCCCAGAUCCAGGUGGUGUGCCGGCAGAUGCUGGAGGCCCUGGCCUUCCUGCACAGCAAGAGGGUCAUCCACCGCGACCUCAAGGCCGGCAACGUGCUCAUGACGCUGGAGGGGGACAUCAGGCUGGCUGACUUCGGCGUAUCUGCCAAGAAUCUGAAAACGCUGCAGAAACGGGACUCCUUCAUCGGGACGCCCUACUGGAUGGCCCCGGAGGUGGUGCUGUGCGAGACCAUGAAGGACACGCCGUACGACUACAAGGCGGACAUCUGGUCGCUGGGCAUCACGCUCAUCGAGAUGGCCCAGAUCGAGCCCCCCCACCACGAGCUCAACCCCAUGCGGGUCCUGCUCAAGAUCGCCAAGUCGGACCCCCCGACACUGCUGACGCCGUCCAAGUGGUCCGCGGACUUCCGGGACUUCCUGAGGAUGGCGCUGGACAAGAGCCCUGAGAGCCGGCCCAGCGCCACGCAGCUGCUGGAGCAUCCCUUUGUCCGUGGUGUGAGCAGCAACAAGGCCUUGCGGGAGCUGGUGGCGGAGGCCAAGGCUGAGGUGAUGGAGGAGAUCGAGCACGGCCAGGACGAGGUGGAGGACGAGGACACUGCGGACCCCGCAGACGCCGCCCCUGUGAAUCCUCCAGGGACCCAUGCACGCAACCCCUCCGACACCAGCGAGCUGAGCCUCAAGGAGUCGCCGCCCAGCCAGCCCCAAAGCAGCGUCAACGGGCCCAGCGUCAACGGGCCCGCAGAUGGAGUGCCGUCAGCCGUCGACAAGCACGACAAUGGCCCCGUGGCACCUGCACCCCUGCGGAAAGCCCGGCCCGUGUCUGUGGGUGCCCGGAUCCAGGACUCAGAGGAGCCGAAAGCCGGCCCGGUGGGUGCCACGCCCCAGCGCCCGGCCCAGAGCCGGCCGAGCAGCAGUGCCCUGGAGGGCCUGACCCUCCCCUCGCAGCCCCCCGACGCGUCCAGGAGGGACUCGGCCUGCAGCACCGUGUCCACCUCCGAGAGCACCGAGGGCGGCAGCUCCUCGCUCUCGGCUGACCUGGCCAUCAACAAGGAGACGGGGUCCCUGUCCCUCAAGGACUCCAGGCAGAACAAAAAGACCCUUAAAAGGACCCGUAGGUUCGUGGUGGACGGCGUGGAGGUGAGCGUGACCACGUCCAAGAUCAUCAGCGAGGACGAGAAGAAGGACGAGGACAUGCGCUUUCUCAGGCGCCAGGAGCUGCGGGAGCUGCGGCUGCUGCAGAAGGAGGAGCACCGCAACCAGGCGCAGCUGAGCAGCCGGCACGAGCUGCAGCUGGAGCAGAUGCAGAAGCGCUUCGAGCAGGAGAUGAGCGCCAAGAAGAAGUUCUUCGACACGGAGCUGGAGAACCUGGAGCGGCAGCAGAAGCAGCAGGUGGAGCGGAUGGAGCAGGACCACGCGGUGCGCCGGCGGGACGAGGCCAAGCGCCUGCGGCAGAAGCAGGAGGCCGACUACGCGCGCUUCCAGGACGAGCUCCGGCUGCGGAAGAAGGAGGUGAAGAAUGAGGUGGAGAAGCUGCCCCGGCAGCAGCGGAAGGAGAACCUGAAGCUGAAGAUGGAGGAGCACGCGCAGAAAAAGCAGCAGCUUGACCGGGACUUCCUGGCCAAGCAGAAGGAGGACCUGGAGCAGGCCAUGCGGAAGGUCACGGCCGACAACAGGCGCGAGAUCUGCAACAAGGAGCGCGAGUGUCUCAACAAGAAGCAGGGGCUGCUGCGAGACCGCGAGGCGGCCCUGUGGGAGAUGGAGGAGCUGCAGCUGCAGGAGCGGCACCAGCUGCUCAAACAGCAGCUCAAGGACCAGUAUUUCCUGCAGCGGCACGAGCUGAUGCGGAAGCACGAGAAGGAGCGGGAGCAGAUGCAGCGCUACAACCAGCGCAUGCAGGAGCAGCUGCGGCUGCGGCAGCAGCAGGAGCGGGCGCGGCUGCCCAAGAUCCAGCGCAGUGAGGGCAAGACCCGCAUGGCCAUGUACAAGAAGAGCCUGCACAUCGCGGGGGCGCCCGCCGCCCAGCAGCGCGACCGCGUCAAGCAGUUCUCCAUGCAGGAGGAGAAGAGGCAGAAGUCGGAGCGGCUGCAGCAGCAGCAGAAGCACGAGAACCAGACGCGGGACAUGACGGCCCAGUGCGACGCCAACAUGGAAGAGCUGCAGCAGCUGCAGCGGGAAAAGUGCCACCUGCUGGUGGAGCUGGAGGAGCAGAAGCUGAAGGCCCUGGACGAGAGCCACAGCCAGAUCCUCCGGGAGUGGCGGGACCAGCUCCGGCCGCGCAAGAAGGCGCUGGAGGACGAGCUGAACCAGAAGAAGCUGGAGCAGGAGCAGUUCUUCACGCUCAAGGAGGAGGCCGAGUCCCCGGAGCCCACCACCCCCAGCAAAGGCGCCAAGUUCUUCCCCUACAGCGCCCUGGACGCCCCCUAGCGGCCCCCGCCCCAUUCUCUGUCCACACGUCACUCAGGACUCCCGGCCCCGCUCCCAGCUCCUGCCCUGCCCCCCACGCCCCGUCUGAGUCCCAGCCCCGGGGGGGGGGGGGGGCAGGGCCGGCAGAAUGGUGCCCUGUGACCCCCAGGCUCCCUGCUUUUGCCAAAACGCCGGUACAGCCGUGCUCUCCACUGGCUGUGCUGGGCCUGGGGUCUUCGAGCCCCCAGAGACUGCCCCCAGGCCCCCCGCAGCCAACUCCCCAAUGAAAGCAGGGCUCAAACCCGCAGGGAGAGGAGGCCUUCUUCACGGAGCCCAGCCCCCCACAACCCCCGGCACCCCAGUCUUGGGACGUGGAGGUGGAGGCUGGUCUUGGGGGGGUCCCCGCUGUGCGGGCUGGGGGUCCGUCGGUGAGCACCCGCUGUCGGUUCCCACCCACCCAGGCGCCCGAGUCUCAGGGGCUGGGGGAGGCCACUGGGGGGUUGUGCCUGGCUGGGCGCGUCCCCCCGCCCCUCUCGAGGAGAUACUGCCCCCACUGCAGCCUUCCCCACUCCCCCCCUUGCCAGCAGAGCUGGCCCUGUGCCCCCUCCCCGUCUGAGAAGGUCAGAAACAGCCCAGCACUGAAAGACCAUAAAAGGGUCUUUGCAACUAUGACAAAGCCAGGAUAGAGAAGACUGAACGCAGCGGGAUCACAGAUGUGCCCCCACGGUGACAGCCCAAAGAAACACAGCAGGCCAGCCUAGAGACAAGCAGAGCAGACUACGGACAGACAGACAGACAGAGCCCAGAUUCGCCCGGCACGCACUUGGCCAGCCUCGGAGCCCUGGGAGCAACAGGGACUUCAUGGUUGAGACCACCUUUGCCAGAAGUCGUAACGGAGACGUCCCGGCACGGAGCGCGCCUCGCCACACCAGAUUAGGGUUCAAACACAGCUACCGACAACACCAGAGGAUGCCACUAGUCAUUCUUCCCGGGAGACCAAGGACUAGCGUUUUCUAAUAAAGAUGAGACA